AUGUUUAAGGCACGCUGCAGUGAAGCAGACUUAGGGCCCAUCAGUCUAAACUGGUUUGAAGAACUCACUGCAGAAGCACCCCCAUAUGAGCCUAAAUUGUUAGGAGAACUUGGUGGCCCCUCUGUCUGCCCUGAUCAAACACCUUUUAAGACUCCAAGGGCAAAACCCUCCCCAUACAGUCAGCUGGCAUCGACCCCGCUCAUUUUUAAAGAAGAAAAUACGAUAUUGCCACCUUAUUCUUCUCCUGGAAAAGAGCUGGAUCAGAAAAAAAUAGGAGCAAGUGGGGAGAAUUUGUUCAGCCCAAGUAUCACAAGAAGAAAAACAGAUGAAGAAAAUGAAAUGCUUGUUUCCCCUCCCAGCACCUGCCAGAACUGCCUUGCUGCUAGUCCAGCUAUUUUAAGGAAUACUUACAGAACACCUCAGAAAAAUAACAUGCCUGGGCCAUAUGGAAGCUUGUUUUGCACACCAAAAUUUCUGCAGAUCAGAACUCCAAAACGUAUUUCCGAGAGUCUGGGAGCAGACGUGGAUACAGACAUGUCCUGGUCAAGCUCUUUAGCCACACCUCCUACACUUGGUGCAACAGUCAUAAUAGCUAGAGAAAAUGAUUCUAUUUCUGGAGCAAAGCAACAGGAUGAAAGAGCUGAGACAAUUUCGCACAACACUUCUUCCAACCACGAUGAAUGUCCUGGGAUGAGUGAUACAAGUAUGCUGUUGGUACCAGAGACAGCAAAGCUGACUGCUGAGGAUGACAUCAAAGAUUUUGAGUCGGAGAUGUUAGAUGGCUUAUUUGGUGAGAUGAGCAGCCUUGAGGACACAUUCAACAUGCCUGCUGAGUCCUGUGGAACUCUUGUGUUGAUGCCACGUGCUCUGGAUGCAGCAGAGAAAUGUGAAAUGAACACAGCUGAAGCACAAGGGAAGAGGGAAGUUCCUUCUGAGCAGCCCACUGGAAGAGAGGCUGGUGCUUCACAGGAAGUGAAAACAAGCAGCUGCGCUGAAAAAAGCCACUCUGCUGAAACGAAGAAUCCUUUACUCCAAAGCACAGAUGAAGAUCCAGGGGAUGAUGAAGAAUGCUGUUUAAUAGGACAUGAAAAGGAACUGGAGUCACUUAGGAUCACAGAUGCGCAAGAUUGCAGACAUGGCAGAACACACAAAUGCUCUGAGAAUGAGAAACCUGUGAAAGAUGAUGUGCCACCUUCAAGCCAGUGGUCUCAGCUGAACUUAUCUGAUCUUGAUGUGGCUCUCUUGGAAAUGCCUAUAUGUAGCUCUCCACCCUCUGACUUAUGCAGAGAGAGAAAUUUAGAAAAGUCAGUAGUAAUGACCAAGGGUGGUGCUGUGGAAACCUCUUUACUGGAUGCUUCUAGCUUGGUAACAGCACAACAGCUGUGGAGUGUUGGUCUGUCAGAAAAGCACUGUGAAGUGAAAAAUCCAGAAAACCCAGCAGCAGAAAUCACUCCAGUAAAAUCUGUAUCUCUGAGCUCUCAAGAUCCAAAGUUAGUAAAAGGAUGUGCAGCUGAAAAGUUUUCCAAAAUGAGCUUCUUUAACUGCAACUCCUUUUUAAUCGAACGGACAAACGUCACGGAAUACUCCAUGGUCUACAGCGGCGUCUCUUCCAGGCGUGUAAAAACAAUUUCUCAAUCUGUCAUAAGGGAUGUUCUGACUCACCCACUCGUAUGUGGUGCUGCCUCUCCAGAUAACUGCAGUGACCCACAUCUAACAAAUAGUGAAAACACCCUUAAAAACCUGAAUAUGUUAUCCAGCUUGAGAAAGAGGUCCAAGAGAUUUAUUUAUACAAUAAACAAUACUUUACUGUUCCAAGAAGAGAAAAUAGAGAAAGAAGUAACCUCUGAAUUGCCUAUUCAUCCUGUAUUACCACAUCUGGAAUCUGAUUCAUGUGAAUUUAAAGGCUGUCAUAUGGCCGGUAUUGAUGAGCAAGGCUGCCUGCUUCUUGCUGAGAGAAAGCAUUUGAAAUCAAGUAUCAAGGAAAAUAAUUUCAGCACUUGUACAUUAAAAAUGGAUAUUGUGGGUAACUCAUCUGGUGACUCCUUCAGUGACCGGCUGAAGCAACAAGACCUGAAAGUCCUGGGGGAAAACGCAAGAGAGGAGCAACCUGCUACAUCAUUAAAAAGCUCAGAAGUAUCUAGUACACAGAAAGAAGGAACAACAGAUUCUUUAAACAGUGAAAUAAUUUCAGAUAUUAAACGUAAAGUCCUGGCUUCAGCAUGCCUAAUGGCAAGAAGGCGUUCCAGAUUGCUCCCUAGAGGCUCUUGCUUAGAGAAAGGUGGGGGAGAGAGAUGUGGGAGUGCUAAAGUGAACGGUGGAGCUGCUGCACCACGGAGCCUUAAAGGACAGCUUGUGUGGGCUUCUCCUGGGGAUAAUGAGCUCCUGAUGGAUACACACCAUGGCAGUACCUCUGUGACACACGGCGGCCUCAGUAACAAUUUGAGUCAGAUCAACUUUGGCAUAAAUGGUGUCAGUAGUGAUUGUUACAAUAAAAUGGCGACUGAUAAAAGGCAUGCUACAGACCAGUUGUCUGUAGCUGACUGUAGAGAAGUACUUGGACCUUUGGGAAUAAACUGCUCCAAAAAUGAUAGUACUGGAUUAAAACCAGAGGUCAAACCAGACGCAGCUGUUUCAGAAGUUGUAGCUGAAAACAGAGAGCCAAAGUCAGUUGUUAACAAUGAUAGCCCAGGAGCAGCUGCUAGCAGUUAUGUAACUGUGGAGACUAAUAAAGAAUUGCUAGAUUGCAAAGAUGAUAAUUCUUUAAAUGAAGUGAUUUCAGAAGAAGAUAAACGAGUAGCACCUGUGUAUUCCAGCACAAAGUCAAAGGAGAACCUACAGCAUAAAGGGAAAUCAUCAGGAAAUCUGAAUGCAUGCAGUUUGAAUCUAGGCUUUGGUGGCUUUCAGACUGCUUCCAAUAAGCAGAUUACAUUCUCUGAAGUCAGUAUAGCAAAAGGUAAAAUGCUGUUCAAAGACAUUGAAAAGGAAUACUUUGAAGCCUCUUCUAUGGAAAGAGUCAGAAACUUUUCAAAUGAGGUUAAAAAGGAGAAUAAGUUUUUCUCAGAUUCAGAAAGCAAGAUGGACAGUAAUUUAUCUGAUUCUUUAGAUUCUCAGACAAGUUUUCUGGAGCCCAGGCAUACACAGAUUAUUCCAUGUAAAGCUGGCUUGUAUAAAAGCUUUCCUAGAAGUCAACAGUUCUUGCAAGGAGCAAACCAAACUUUGACAGCAAGCCAAGAAGCUGAAAUUGCUGAACUUUCUAGUAUCCUGGAAGAAACAGGGAGUCAAUUUGAAUUUACACAGUUUAGAAAGCAAAGUAGUGUGAUAAGAAGCCAUGCCUUUCAGCAGUUUGGGAGUGUAGAAACACGUGGGACAACACAUGUGGAAAGUAUUUCUGAAACAAGGACAGAGGCUGAUUUUUGUAGCGCUUCUAAUUCUGAAAAUCAAGUAAAAAAUGACAGUUAUUGUACUAAGGAGGAAGACAUAAAUAAAGACUACAAGGUGGUGGAAUAUGAAAAAGAAAAUGCAGUAGGUUCCCACAAAAAUUACAAAAAUAUUACCGCUGUUAACCUGGGCAGAAAUGGAAGCAGAAGAGCCGAUGGGAACUUCCCAGGAGCUGAACAGGACAGCUUUUCUGACUUCGUAGGCUUUACUUCUGCUGGAGGUAAAAAAAUAAAUAUUUCUAAAGAGGCUCUGACUAGAUCUGCGGAGCUCUUCAGGGACCUGGAUGAUGAUAACUGUUUGUUUAAAUCCUCUGAAACUAGUACUAGAUGUCACAAUACGAAUGGGCAUCUAUCUUCUGACUGUAACUUUGUCAGAUGCCUGACAAAAGAAAACAAAGGAAAAAUUGUUUGUCGUUCAGAUUCCAAAAGCUCAGGAGCCAUUUCCCACACAGGUUCAGUUUCCCAUCAUGCACAGAAAAAAAAUGAGGAAAAUAUUAAUGCACUGUUCAAGGAAGAUACAAAAAAUCAAACAAAAAUAUCAACGCAUGAUAAUGAAAAUGUUAAUUUCAGUAGUGCUAUCAUCGACAGUCUAUCAUCCAUGACAAAAGAUAGCCAGAAUCAUAAAACUUCCAAACUGUUUUUGAAUCAACGAGAUUUCCAAGUUGAAGGUAGUUUGCAAGAAGACUCAUCAGGUAAAACGCAUCUAAGAGAUGCUAUUACACCUGGAGAAGGACAUACCUUAAUUAUGUCAGAUGAAGUGGAGAACCUGUCUCUGAAUCAGAAAGGAGAAGACAGAAAGGAAAACGAACACUUGUCACAAAUAUUUCAAACUCCAGCUGGUGGUGAUCUAUCCAUUUCUGAUGCAGCUUUGGAUCAUUCUCUACACUUGCUCAAUGUACAAGGUGGAGGACAUGUAAAUGUUUUGGAGAACUCUGAUAAAGAAAAGACAUACUGUAAAAAUAUGGAAGGAGAAAACAACACUCAUGAUAAGAACCUGUUAGUGAAUGAAAGCAGAAUAAAAAUAGGUUCUUACCAGCAUCAUCAAACACCUUUUGAGCAAGAGGUAGGUGUUGGAAAAAAUGAAGUGAAAGGGACUUAUCUGACCAGUUUUCAUACUGCUAGUGGCAAGAAAAUAACAGUCGCUGAUGGAUUAAUGGCUAAAGCUGAACAGUUUUUUGCAGAAAAUGUUGAUGUAGGAAAGGAACAUAAUGAUGAUUUUGAGAACCCUAUAAAGAAAAGGAAGUGUAAAAACAAUGUCAAAGAUGGUGAUUUACGUAUUGAAAGCAUUGCUCAAUGUUAUCCAGAAAAACUUGGUGAAAAGCUUGUUCCUGAAGAACUUGGAGAUCAGCUUAAGCAGGCAGCAGAGAGCAGUCCCAUUAAACAUGCUGUGAUUCUUGAUACGUUUGGUAACGUAGGUGGAGAUUGUGAAAGAGGUUUAGUAACCUCAUAUGUACAUAAAAGAGCUGAUGUCAGACCUGGAAAGUCAGAACUAGGAUCUCUCCCUGGGCAGGAGAGUGGUGCUUUAAGUACGACUUGUGUGUCCGAAGGUGGAAAACUGUUACCAGAGAGAGAGAUGGAGUGCUCGCCAAAGAAGAGGGAUGAUUCAGAGAGCAUGCACGGUUUUCCUGUGCACUCUGCCACACCUCUGCAUUUAAUGAGGGUAUCACAUGACCUUGAAGAUAAUUCUGUGCCUGUAGGUAGAAAAAAUACUUCAUUUGUUGAGGACAGUAACAACAAAUCUAAUCAAUCCCUUGCCUUAACUCCAAAAAGUAGCUCUUCUUACUUGCCCUGUGACAGUAAGAAAUUUGACUUGGAAUGCUUAAAUGAAUCUUGUGCUGACACAAACUGCUUCACACAGACCAUAGGUAAUGCUUGCCAAAACAAGUCACCAGUCUGUCUGCCUGAAGAUGAAACUAAUUUAACCAGGUUAAAGGAAACAGUGCGUAAUGUUGAAGAUCAGAAGGGUGAUCUGGAACAAACUGUGUUUAGUACAGCCAAAGGGAAAGCAGUUUCUGUUUCAGAGAGUGCCUUAGCAACAGUCAGACAAAUGUUUCAGGAGGACUAUAGUGAAUCUGUAAAAUAUCAAACUGGGACUAAGUCAAGAAUUAGUCAAACAGAAAUUGCUGGAAAUUCACCUUCUGUCAUUCGUGCUGAGUGUCCUGAGUUUUUAAAUGCUGAAAGAAGUGAAGAUAUUAAUUCAGCUGCAUCCCAUUUUAUUAAAGUAAAUGCAAGCACUAGUGAAAAUGGUCACCAAGGUGCAUACACAUUUGUAGAUGCAAAGCCAGUUUCAAAUUCUCAGGGGCAAUGCUUUGACAAGAACAUGAAGCUUUUAGGGCACUUGCCUGUUCCAGAUAAGCAGCUCAAGCAGUCGGGUUCUUCUACAAGCAACCUUGGGUUUUUUAGUACAGCGAGUGGUAAGCCUGUACAACUCUCAGAAGAGUCACUCUCAAAAGCUAGACAGCUCUUCUCUGAAAUGGAAGGUAACUGUUCAUCGCUUGUACAGGAAGAGGUUUUAGUGGAGGAAGGUGUGGAGAAGCCUGAAACACACACUGAAGUAGUUCCUAGGAAAACAUGGAUAGAGUUACCAGAAAGGGAAGAAAAUGGCAGCAGUGAAUUCAUUUCAGAUCCUGCUUUUGGGUUCAGCACUGCAAGCGGGAAGCAGGUAACAGUUUCUAAAAAUGCCUAUCAAAAAGCAAAGGCAAUUUUAAAAGAGUCUGAUGACCUUUUCAGCAGUGGGCUUUGCAUUACAGAUCAACUUCAUCCACUUAAAGAGGGUGGUCGACAUGUAAAACCUUUAACUGCUAAAGCGAGCUCAGAAUCCAAAAUUGGAAGACGCUGCAGUGAAGACUUUGACUUAAAAAGCAUCAACCCUGAGGAACUGAAGUCUUUUCCAAGCACUCACCAUGUUAAAAUGCUUGAGUUUGUACCACAUAAGAAAAACAAGCAGUUAACAUCAUUUAAAGAUAGCUUUCAGCAAGAGGAGACUUGGUGUUUUGGAAACGGGCAGCUGAACCUGGGGAUGAAAACGGAGUCUGAAGCCAUUUCACGCAGUGCUACUGCUAAAGCAGAAAUGGACCUCGAUCUUCUCCAGACUCCAAAGCAUUACUUGGAAGCGGAGGCUGUAGAAAGUGCAAGAGCUUUUAUGGAAGAUGAUCUUUCUGAUUCUGGAGGACAAAUUAAUGCUGCACAGUCCUUCAGCAGCAGACUGGAUAAAAACUUUCAAAAUAAGACUUCUGGGAAGAGGCGCAUUGAAGAAGAAAACUCACUUGGAGAACCUCCAAUUAAAAGACAGCUCCUGCUUGAGUUUAACAGGACAGAGAAUCCCCCCAGAUCUUUGAAAGCUUUGAAAAGCACCCCUGAUGGCAUUUUCAAAGACAGAAGAAAAUUUAUGUACCAUGUUCCUUUAAAACCCAUGAUGUGUCAACCUUUUGGGGCUACUAAAGAAAGACAAGAACUCAGGAAUCCCACCCUUACUCUACCGGAUCAAGACUUCAAAGGAUUCAAAUCUAAACCUGCCAUUUUUCAACACUGUGCACUAAGGCAGUUUUCAGAUGGUACUUCAGGAGUUUCUACUCCAUGUCAGGCCUCAGCAAAAGAGAGGGAAGAAACAAGAAGCUUGUACAGAUCUGGCAAAACUGCUAAAACUUUUAUUCCUCCCUUCAAAACCAAGCUGACGUUUUCCACAGGUGAACAAAGCAGCAGCAAAAGGUGUGACUCGCCCACCAGCAAAAACAGUACUGAGGAGGUGGAAUUCACUCAGAUCACAACUCAACAAGAUCCUGAUGAGCCUCAGGACCACCAGGCUUGCACCCAGCAUGCAGAAGACACUGACCUAGAAAAUGGCAAUUUAGCUAUGGUCAAGAUGAUGACAAAUCUCCACUGUGCCAGAGAUCUGCAGGAAAUGAGAAUUAAAAAGAAAUAUAGGCAAAAUAUUAGCUCACAGCCAGGAAGCUUAUAUGUCAUUAAAACAUCUGCAAGAAACAGAAUCUCUCUGAAAACUGCUGUAGAAGAGAAGUCUCCUAGCUCCUACUCAGCAGAAGAGCUUUACACAUAUGGUGUUUCCAAACAUUGUAUACAAGUUAACAGCACAAAUGCAGAAUCUUUCCAGUUUCUCAUCAAGGACUUUUUCAGUAAGGAGGAUUUAUUAGCUGGAAAUGGGAUGCAGCUUGCUGAUGGAGGGUGGCUAAUACCUACAGAUGAGGGAAAAGCUGGAAAAAGAGAGUUUUACAGAGCCCUCUGUGACACUCCUGGUGUGGAUCCCAAACUAAUAACAGAGGCCUGGGUUUACAACCACUACAGGUGGAUUGUAUGGAAACUGGCAGCCAUGGAAGUGUCUUUCCCACAUGAAUUUGCUAACAGAUGUUUGACACCAGAAAUGGUGCUGUUGCAGUUGAAAUAUAGGUAUGAUUUGGAAGUUGAUAAAAGUAAACGAUCAGCAAUCAAAAAGAUAACGGAAAGAGAUGAUGCGGCAUGUAAAACACUUGUGCUGUGUGUUUCUAAGAUCAUAUCACUGAACGCCGCUCUGUCUCCGAGCAGUGGCAGUAACAAUGUGGAAAGUAAAAAAGCAGCAGCAGUGGUUGAAGUUACUGAUGGCUGGUAUGGGAUUAGAGCCCUUCUGGAUCCACCUCUCAGAGCUUUUUUACAUCGAAGGCGGCUGACUGUUGGUCAGAAGAUCAUAGUGCAUGGAGCAGAACUUGUUGGUUCUCAAAGUGCCUGUACACCACUGGAAGCCCCAAAUUCCCUUAUGUUAAAGCUUUCAGCCAACAGCACUCGCUGUGCACGAUGGAAUGCAAAGCUAGGAUUUCAUCUGGAUCCCAGGCCUUUCCCCGUGCCUCUGGCAUCGCUUUACAGUGAGGGUGGUGCAGUGGGGUGUAUUGAUGUAGUUAUUCAAAGAGCUUACCCCAUUCAGUGGGUGGAAAGGACAUCGACUGGUUCACACGUGUUUCGUAACAGCCGAGCUGAAGAAAGGGAAGCUGCCAAACAUGCAGAGCAUCAACAAAAGAAACUGGAAGCUCUGUUUGCAAAAUUCCAAGCAGAAUAUGAAAAGCAUGAAGAGGCAGCGUGCAGGAGGACGCCGAGGUCCCGCGUCCUCACCAGGCAGCACAUCCGCAGCUUGCAGGAUGGCGCGGAGCUGUACGAAGCACUUCGGGACGCGCCUGACCCUGCUGAUAUGGAGGGAUAUCUCAGUGAAGACCAAUUAAAAGCUCUGAAUGCUCACAGGCAGUUGAUGAAUGAUAAAAAGCAAACUCAGAUACAGGAAGAAUUCAAGAAGUUUUUAGAGUCAGCAGAACAGGAAGAAAAUGGUUGUUCCAAACGAGAUGUGUCUACUGUAUGGAAAUUAUGUGUGGUAGACUACAGAAAGCAAGAAAAACAUAAAGGAGUGAUUCUGAGCAUCUGGCGUCCACUGCUGGAUGUCUGUUCACUGCUAAAGGAGGGUGGUCGGUACAGAAUCUACCAGCUGUCAACAUCCCCACCCAAGGGAAGAUCAGACUCAGCUAACGUGCAACUGGCAGCAACAAAGAAAACUCGGUAUCUACAGCUGCCAAUAUCACAGGAGAUGCUGGCACAGAUUUUCUUUCCAAGAAAGGCUCUAAAAUUCACCAGUUUGUCCGAUCCUUCUUUUCAGCCACCAUGUGCUGAAGUUGAUUUAGUUGGAGUUGUAGUUUCUGUUAGCAGAACAGGUUUCACUACUAUGGUGUACUUAUCUGAUGAAAGCUACAACUUGGUGGCAGUAAAGCUGUGGGCAGAGCUCAGACACUUGGCUGCAGAAGACGUGGUUGUGCGCUGCUCCUUCAUUUCCGCCAGCAACCUGCAGUGGCAGUCGGAGUUCAGAUCAGAAGUGCCUGUGCUGUUGGCUGGAGACCUCUCUGUGUUCUCAGCCAGUCCAAAGGAGAACUACCUUCUAGAGAAGGUUAAUGAACUGAGAAGUAUGAUACAGGAUGUGGCUUCCUUUUGCUCUGAUGCAGAAAGUAAAUUGAAUUUGCUACGAAGAAGUGUCUCACUUACACCUGGUGUAACCAAAAGAUGUGCCCUGGAAUCCCCCUCUCCUUCCUGCAGCUCGGCUCUUUACGCAGAGGAUAAAAGUUUGAUCUCUUCUAAAAUGGAAAUAAAACAUCCAAGCCCUUUGUCAACCAGCACACCAAAUACGAAACUUGUCACACAAGGGUCAGCAAAAAUGCCUUCAACUACUACAAUGAAUGAAGACCAUCCUAAAAACAGCAAAAAGAGAAAAGCCAUGGACUUCCUCAGUUGCAUACCUGCCCCUCCACCACUGACCCAAACAUGUUCCAUCAUUUCUCCAUCUUUAAAGAAGCCAUUUCAGCCUCCGCGAAGUUUGGGUUUGCAGCGCAGCAAAUCGUUGAACGAAACAAAUCAGAACAUUGGACACACCACACCCUGCAGAAAGCUGAGAGAAGCUGUCCACCUUCCUGACAACGACCUGGUCGCUGAUGAGGAACUUGCAAUGAUUAAUACACAAGCACUCAUGAAUAAUUUACCAGAAGAAAAGAAGAUUGCUUAUGUAAAUGAAAACAGCAAUACAAUAGCUACUAAUUCAUCUGAUCAUCUUUCCUGCUCCAGGUCUAUUGGGGAAGCAAAUAACUCAUCAAAAAGCAGUUCCCAAGUAGCUGAGGCUCUUCAGAAGGACAUAAAGGAACCUGACGUCUCGUUACCAGCCCCCAGAAUGCUGCAAAGACCAAACCCCCAAAAAUGCUACUGA